AUGAUCAGUUUACCCAUUACGAAAAGAUACAACACACUGAAUGGAGUACAAAAGCGCGGGUUACACCAAGCCACGUUAUUUAAUGACCAAGGAUCUGAAUAUUUGAUAACCAUUGGGAUUGGUACACCUAUUCAAAAUUUUACAUUGUCACUGGACACAGGAAGUGCUGAUUUAUGGGUACCGUCGAUAGAAUGCCCUACAGAGCAAUGUCCAUUAGCGCGAUUCAAUGCGAGUGAAUCCUCUAGUUUUCAGCGGAUAAAUUCGUCUUUAUUCCACGUGCAGUAUGGUAUUGGAAGUGUCAACGGAACGUAUGGCCGAGACGAGAUCUAUUUGGGGGAAGCGCACGUGUCACAACAACAAUUUGGACUGGCGAGUUCUACACAUGACCUCAUUGUGGUGACAUCGGAAAAGACCAAUGAAAUCUCCAAUGGUAUAUUUGGACUGGGACAUCCAUCCCUGACCACCAGCAAAGAGAAAUACGAGCCGUUUUUGUAUCAAUUGGCCAAACAAGGCAAGAUUGAUCAGGCCAUGUUUUCGAUCAGUAUGGGGGCUAGACACCACGAUGGAUGGAGUGGAGAAAUGCUGAUUGGAGGGAUCAAUAAUGAUAAACAUGUAGGCGAGAUACAAUAUGCAGCAGUCAUGGAAAAUAGCACUUAUUGGAUGGUAGGCGGUCAAUCCAUCCAGCUUAUAGAAGAAGACAAAGUGACGAUGAAUGAAACAUUUGAUGGUGUACGAGGGAUGAUUAUAGAUACGGGUACGACAUUAACGUAUGUAGAUCACCCAUUGGCAGACAGGAUAGUACAAUCUGUGGUGGGUGGCCAGAAUAAUGUGGCACUGGAUCAAAUGUCAGGUACAUAUAUCGUCAACUGUCAAGCAGAAAAUUUAAGCAAAGAUAAUCAGGUACACAUCUUGCUGGAGAAUGACAUUGUCUUGGAGAUUCCAGUUAAAGACCUGAUCAUCCCAUUGGAUGGUAAGACAAUACAAGAAGCUACACAGUGUAUGUUUGGCAUCGCACCAUGGAUGACCACAGGAACAAGUGCAAAGAUGAAUGAAAAGGGUUGGAUCCUGAUAGGCGAUUCUGUGCUGAGAUCCACCUAUCUUGUCUUUGACAUGAAAAAGAACCAGAUUGGGUUUGCAAAGGCUGCCCAUUUACAGGAAAUGAUGCAAUCUUAUGCAAACAGUGUAUCACCGCCAUCUUUAGCCUUUCUCUUAUUCUCCGUUAUAACAUUAACGUUGACAUAAAUAUAUAUAUAAAAAAAAUAACGUUUCUUGUAACACCCUCUCUAUUUACAUUCCCCGCUUGAUUGCUGCUAAAAACAACAAAUACAUGGUCCGUGCCACUUUCUGUACUAUCUUUUCUACCGUGUGACUCUUUUCAUGUGGCUUGUUGCCGACUACAUAUACGUCAUUCGUAGGGGGGGGGGGGGAGAGAGAGAAG